AUGUCCUUUAAAGAUGUUUUAGAUAGAGGGGAUGAAUUUUUAGAAGCAUAUCCCAGAAGAAACCCCUUUUGGAGGUUCAUGUCAUAUAGCACAUCGUUGUUAACCUUCGGCGUCUCAAAACUGCUUAUAUUUACAUGCUACAAAGUCAAAUUGAACAAUUAUGAAAAGCUAGAAUCUGUUUUGGAACGCUCCAAGAAUGAAAACAGAGGUCUUAUGACAGUGAUGAAUCAUAUGAGUAUGGUUGAUGAUCCGUUGGUUUGGGCAACACUGCCGUAUAGUCUAUUUACUUCGUUAGAUAAUAUAAGAUGGUGUUUAGGCGCACACAACGUUUGUUUCCAGAAUAAGUUUUUGGCCAAUUAUUUUUCACUGGGCCAGGUACUGUCUACAGAAAGGUUCGGGGUGGGACCGUUUCAAGGAUCUAUAGACGCCUCGAUAAGAUUGUUAAGUCCUGAUGACACUUUAGACUUACAAAGGUCUUCUCAUUCGGAGAGUUCUGUUUCGUCUCGAAAAAUGCAGGAAACCUACACUCCACCCAUUAUAAGGUCAAAGCCAUCUUGGGUUCAUGUUUACCCAGAAGGAUUUGUUUUGCAAUUAUAUCCGCCUUUUGAGAACUCAAUGAGGUAUUUCAAAUGGGGUAUCACAAGGAUGAUUUUAGAAGCAACGAAACCACCCAUUGUGGUACCUAUAUUCGCAACAGGGUUUGAAAAAAUAGCUUCCGAAGCAGCUAAAGAUUCAAUGCUAAAGCAAAUCCUGCCGAGGAAUUUUGGAACUGAACUGAACGUAACAAUUGGAGAUCCGUUGGAUGACGAUUUGAUUGACCGAUAUAGGAACGAGUGGAAGCAUUUGGUCGAAAAGCAUUACGAUCCCAAAAAUCCAAACGAUCUCUCUGACGAAUUGAAAUAUGGCGAAGAAGCGCAAGAUUUAAGAAGUAGAUUAGCCGCUGAGCUAAGAUGCCAUGUUGCUGAAAUUAGAAAUGAUAUUCGCAAAUUGCCACGUGAAGACCCAAGAUUCAAAUCUCCUUCAUGGUGGAAACGAUUUAAUACAACGGAAGGGAAAUCAGAUCCAGAUGUUAAAGUAAUCGGUGAAAACUGGGCCAUAAGGAGAUUGCAAAAGUUUUUGCCCUCAAAAGAUGAUCCCAAUUGCAAAGACGAUUAG